AUGGAAAAAGAUAAAGCUUCACCGGAUGAAAAAUGCCAGAUUGAAAUAAAUGGUUAUAAGGAAAAAGAUCUUUUGCCUACGACAGAAGACGCAACAGUUUCUACCAAAAAGAGCAUUUCAAACUUUCUAUCUAAUCAGUCCACUAAUGUUCAUGCCUUUGUGGGAAGCUACCUUGGAGGCCUUGUUCCAAAACUGAAAGCAGACCAGAAGAACAUGAUCGAGGAGAAAGGGAAAGAACAAGAGGCAGAGGAUACAGAGAGGAAAAAUGAGCAAGAAAUAACUAAAGACAAAACAGCAGAUGACAAAGCCAAGAUUAUUGCCCGGGUGAGUGUGGAUAAUAGAACAAGGUCACUGGUUCAGUCAUUGAAAAGAGCCUCUGAUCGGAGACUGUGCAUUAAUCGCGUUGAAGAGCUGAGCUGCCAUCUUCUGGAGUUUCCUGAAACGAGAGGAGUCGCAGUGAAGGAAAAGGCAAUACCUUAUUUAUUGCGGCUACGACAAGCACAUGAUGAAACCCUCCAGGCGGCUGUAAGAGAAGCCUUGGCGUUGGUUGGGUAUAAUGACCCUGUUAAAGGCAGAGGAAUUCGAGUACUCACCAUUGACGGUGGAGGAACUAGAGGCAUAGUAGCUCUACAAACUCUCCGGAAGUUAGAAGAACUUACAGGAAAACCUAUCCAUCUUCUCUUUGAUUACAUUUGUGGCGUUAGUACAGGAGCUAUACUGGCCUUUAUGUUGGGUUUAUUUCACAUCCCACUGGAUGAUUGUGAAGAAAUGUAUCGUAAACUAGGAAGUGAUGUCUUCAAACAGAAUGUUAUUUUGGGAACAGUGAAGAUGGGCUGGAGCCAUGCCUAUUAUGACAGCGAAAUGUGGGAAAAAUUGCUGAAGGAAAGAAUGGGUUCAGACCUAAUGAUUGAAACCGCAAGAAAUCCUCAGUGUCCCAAGGUUGCUGCUGUGAGCACCAUCGUUAAUACGGGAAUACCUCCAAAAGCAUUUGUGUUCAGAAAUUAUAACCAUUUUCCGGGCAUUAAAUCGCAUUACUUAGGAGGGUGUCAGUAUAACCUGUGGCAAGCUAUUCGAGCAUCUUCAGCAGCACCUGGGUACUUCCAGGAGUAUGUACUUGGAAAUGAUCUGCAUCAGGAUGGAGGAUUGCUUAUUAACAAUCCAUGUGCAUUGGCUCUUCACGAAUGUAAGUGUUUGUGGCCAGACGUGCCACUCCAAUGUGUGAUCUCUCUGGGCACAGGACGUUAUGAAGGUGUGGGCAAGAGUACAACACACACAAGUCUGAAAGCCAAGCUGACCAAUGUGAUCAGCAGUGCCACCGAUACAGAAGAGGUUCACAAAAUGCUGGAUGCCCUGCUGCCCCCAGACACCUACUUCCGUUUCAACCCAGUCAUGAAUGAAGACGUACCACUGGACGAAAACCGCAAAGAAAAGCUGAAACUACUACAGUCAGAUGGCCAGCUAUAUCUAGAGCGCAAUGAAGAGAAACUUAAAAAAGCUGCCAAGGUGCUGAAACAAGAAAGAACAACAUUUCAGUAUAUUUGUGACUGGGUUAAAUUAAAAACAGAUAUGUAUGAAGGCCUACCACUCUUUUCUAAGCUCUAA